AUGUCAGCGAAAGGCAAACAAAAGCAAAGAAGUGUUUCUCGGGCAUUGCCAUCGACUGCCAGUAGUACAUAUGAAACCUUGAAUAUCGAUACAACCGAAGAAUCUACAGGGGAUAUUCUCUCAUCCUCUGCGUCAAUGUCUCCGAGUAGAAGGACAAGAUUGAUUGAAAAGGAAACGCUAUCAAGCCUAAAUGAUCGUUUGGCUGUUUACAUUGAUCGUGUCCGUCAACUUGAGCACGAUAAUGAACGUUUGAAUGUGCAAAUCAGGGAAAGUGAAAUUGUGGAGAAAAAAGAACGUUCUGAUUUGAUUGCACGCUAUGAGGAGAAAAUCAAGGAGCUUCGGACUUUGGUGGAUGAAGCACUUAAAGAGAAAACCCGUAUUAAUAUGGAGGCCAAAGUCGCUUUCACAGAACGAGACAAUGCGGUUGCGAAGGCCAUUAAACUCGAGAAGGACUUGAAACAGCUGGAGAAGGCUAGAACUAUGAGUGAGUCGUUGAUUCAGGAUCUACAGGCAAAGCUUAACUCGGCGGAAGCAGCGCGACGUAGACUUGAGGAGGAGAAUAAGAAUCUUGGGUUGGAAAAUGCUGAUUUGAAUCGGCAACUGGAGGUGUUGCGUAAGCAAGUAGAGGAUGUCACUUUAAUCAACACUGCCGUUUUAAAUCAAAAUCAGUCCUUGAAGGAGGAUUACGAGUUUUUGAAAAAAACUCAUGAAGACCAAAUGGAAGAGGUGCAUCGUAAACGGCAGGUAGAGAUGACGACGACUGCUCGGGAAAUGGAACGUACUUACGAGUCGCGCCUGCAGGAGCAGCUUCAAGCGAUGAGAGCUGAGUUUGAUGCACGUUUGAAUAGAAAUCGUCGUGAUAUAGAUGAGACUUACAAAAAUAAAUUGAAUGAGGCUAAUGAGGCUCGACAAAUGGCGAAUCAAGCCCGAGAGGAAGCAGCUCGACUUCGUUUGCGCAUUCAUGAGCUAGAAAAGGUUGCAAGCGGACAUGACGAUGUGGUUAGCGGUCUCAAUAAAAAGAUCGCAGACUUGGAAAUGCAGCUUGCAUAUACCAAAGAUGAUGCUGAAGUGCGACUGCAGCAGAGGAAUGAACGCAUUAAUGAGUUGCAACGUGAAAUUGAUCGGCUUCUUAAUGAAUAUCAGGAUUUGUUUGACUUGAAAGUGCAGUUGGAUACUGAACUUAAAGCAUAUCAUAAUCUUUUGGAAGGCGAGGAAACCAGGCUCAAUAUCUCGCAGCAGUCCUCUUAUUCUCCAAGUGCUUCUCCAGCAUCAAGCACUGCUCGGUAUGGUGUCAAGCGCAAGCGUUUUGACACUUCCGAUGACACCCACUUUUACCAGAAUGCAGCUAAGAGUUAUAAAACUACUGCAAAAUCAACCGGAGAUGUAGAAAUUGAAGCUCAUGAUACAGAUGGGAAGUUCGUGAAAUUGGUGAAUAAAGGUGAGGACACUGUGUCGAUCGGAGGCUGGACUUUGAAGAGCAUUGCUAACAAUAGGGAGACUGCUUACAGAUUCCAUACUCGUCAAAGUUUGAAACCUGGAGAUUCUAUAACAGUGUUCAGCGCUGAUAGCGGUGAAAAACAUCAACCUCCUUCGCAGCUGGUGAUGAAAAACCAGCAGUGGCCAUCUGGAGAUCGAGUGAAAUCUGUUUUGGUGGAUGCUGAAGGGAGUGAAGUCGCCGAACGUGAAAGUUAUGCAGAGACUCAAAUAGGAGAGUUUGACGCUGUUGGUCAGGAUCCCGACCAAAGAUGUGCUUUAAUGUAG